UUUAGCAGCAGAGGGAUCCAGCCUUCUGGGAGGGUCGUGACUACCCAGCGGAGGCGCGGCCAAGAGCGCAGCCAAACAAUUUCUUUAACCAACCUUGGAUUAUCAUUUUAUCAAACGGGGAGGCUAUUCCUCCACCGAAACACCUGGCGGUACCCCACCUCCGUCUCCUCCUCCUCCUCCAAUCAACACCCCCUGCCUGUUCGAAGAUGGUUUUCAAGGAAGAUGCGCCCCUCUGAAAUUCCCAUUGACCUUCGGAUCUUCUCAGCAGCAGCGGCAGCACCUAGCGACGCGCUGCCGCCGCUAUCUCCUCCUAACACUCCCCGCUCUCUCUGACCGCCUGACUAUCGUUGGAUCCCUUGAUUUUUUUCCUCCUAAACAAACAAGACUGAGGCAGAUGCUCCUCGCUCUGUCAUCCCGGCGGCUUGUACUAUGGUGGAGUUCCCAUCUCUCAGUCCUUACUGGCCUCUCCUCCGCUUCCUGGUGCCUCUGGCUAUCACCAAUGUUGCCAUCGACCUCGGAGAACAGGCUCUCAACAGGGGCAUAGCCACAGUCAAGGAGGAUACGGUGGAGAUGCUGGCCAGCUAUGGCUUGGCCUACUCCCUCAUGAAGUUCUUCACUGGUCCCAUGAGUGACUUCAAGAAUGUGGGCUUGGUGUUUGUGAACAGUAGGCGCGACCGGAGGAAGGCUGUGUUGUGCAUGCUGACGGCCGGAGUCAUCGCCUUCGUCCUCCACAUCUUGAUAGCAUACACAGACUUAGGAUACUACAUUAUCAAUAAGCUCCACCAAGUGGAUGAAUCUGUUGGGCGAAAAACGAGAAAGGCGUUCUUAUACCUAGCUGCAUUCCCUUUGCUGGAUGCAAUGGCAUGGAUUCAUGCAGGCAUCCUCCUCAAGCACAAGUACAGUGUCAUUGUGGGCUCUGCCUCCAUCUCUGAUGUCGUGGCUCAGAUUGUGUUCGUGGCCAUUUUCCUGCACAGUAACCUGGAAUGCGUGGAGCCCAUUCUCAUCCCAAUCCUCUCCCUGUACAUGGGUGCCUUGGUCCGCUUCAGCAUCGUCUGUAUCGGCUACUACUGCAACAUCCACGACAACAUUCCAGACUCCAGCGGGCUCGACGUUGGGGGCGACGCAACAAUCAAAAAGAUGCUCAGCUUCUGGUGGCCACUGGCGCUCAUCUUGGCCACGCAGCGCAUCAGCCGACCUAUCGUCAACUUGUUUGUGUCUCGAGACCUCAAGGGGUCCGCCGACGCCACAGAGGCCGUGGCGGUGCUCACAGCCACAUACCCAGUGGGUCACAUGCCCUACGGCUGGCUGACUGAGCUCAGAGCCGUGUACCCGGCCUUUGACAAGAACAAUCCCAGCAACAAGAUGGAUGCUGACAGCCCGGUUAACAAAUUGCACAUUAAAAAGUUUACCUUCUGCUGUCUGGCCCUGUCGCUUACGCUUUGCUUCGUGUUGUUCUGGACCCCGCGUGUGUCUGAGAAGAUCCUGGUGGAUGUCAUCGGAGUGGAGUACACCUUCGCCGCGCUCUGCGUGGCGCCGCUUCAGAUCUUCUCCUUCUUCCCGAUGCCAGUGACCGUUCGGGCUCAUCUGACAGGAUGGCUCAUGACCCUGAAAAAGACCUUCGUCCUGGCUCCCAGCUCCGUUCUGCGUAUCGUCGUCCUGAUCAUCAGCCUGGUUGUGCUGCCUUACAUGGGGGUCCACGGGGCCACACUCGGCGUUGGGUCCCUCUUAGCCGGUUUCGUCGGGGAGUCGGCGAUGGUCGCCAUAGCAGCCUGCUAUGUUUACAGACAACAGAGAAACAGCGAGAUGUCCAACGAGCUGGUUGUGGAGGGAGGCGACUCCCCCACCCAGAUGGACGCAAUCGAGGAGCUCCAGGUGGAAGAGGAGGCGGAGCAUGAGUGAGCGUCCAAAGCACAAGAGGAUGACCUCGAUGAGGAAGGAGAAGACGAGGUGGCUCGGAUUGGGGAAAACGUCCUCAUCAUGUCGACCUGCACACUAUCGAAACGCACACUGUAAAGAAAGCCAUGCACCUCCAACCCAUCGGUGUAAAUACUGUCUCUGGUUAGCCCUGUCCCUUUAGGUGGGUGUGUAUCCUUAUGUUUUCAUUGGGUAAAGAGGGAAACUGACACUGGAGAACCUUCUCCUCAGCAGCAGGAACGAUGAGCAGAGUGUUUGUGGAGUUGCCAAAAAAGAAAAAAAAAAAAAAGAUCUCAACAUUUUAUGUUACUUUAUCAGAGUUUAGGCAGCGAGACCUCGUUGGAUUCAAACGCAGACACAAUGUGGAACUUGUUGGGUUGUGCAAUCGUGUUUUACAUACAACGGUGUACAGAUUAUUGUUUAUAUUGGAUUGUGUAUAUUUAAUUGCUGCAAGGGGUCGGGAAUCCCUCAUCAAACCACUGCGUGUUCAAGAAUAGCUCUCUGUUUCCCUUUCAGUUCAGUCUGGGAGUUGGACUCACUUUGUUUUGCCAAGCCUUUUUCCUGCUAGUAUUCAGACUGUCAUAUGUACUGUAUAUACUGUAUAGGCAUUCUUAUUUACAAAUAAAUUGCUUUAUUAUUAUUAACCUUUUCUGUUGUCUGGAAUUAUUGGAAACUCAUCAAUUUUAAACAGGAUUGAAGUCAGGACUUUCCUGCUUUAUUCAUUCCUAACCCAGAUAUGAUGCAUGUUUGGACCUGAUCGUGUCCAAGUUUCAAACAUCUGACCACAUCCGUCAACUUCAGAUGAAAGAUGAAGAUGGACUGAGAUGGAUUUGACAAAAAUGUCUGAGAAACGUGAAACAAAGUUAAAAAGUUACAUAUUCUGCACCCUUAAACAGGUUGGGAUAUGUCUAUGUGUUAUGCAAAAUAUGUUCACUUUUUUUUGUCUGAAAAGCUUAAAUCUUUGAAAAGCAUCAGUAGAGCCCGCUGCUCAACCAACAAGUUUACAGCAAUUUUUUUUUAUCUACUGGCCUUUUAUUUGAAACAGAAAUGACAAAGUGGGAAGACAUGUGGUAAAGGUCAGCAGGUCGGGACUUGAACCUGUGAUGGAAGCCUCGAUGACUGAGGCCUCCAUCAUGCGCUCCAUCUCUGCAUCCACUGUGUUAUGAACUUUGUCCACAUGAACGGAAAAUGGCCCAAAACGUUUUCCAAAAUGUUCCAUUUAUUUCAAUGUCAAUAAAAACUGACAGGGCAAGAUCAGUCCUGCACAUGGCAUAAUAAAUCAGACAAGUUUUAGACUCACUACAAAUGACCAACAUUCAUUCACAUUGUGCAUCGUUUCUAAGGCAACAUGGAGGACCAAGCAAGCCUUUUUUUGUUUUACUUAAACCCUGUGGCUGGUGGUUGAAGCAUUUGCCAUUU